AUGGACAACAUCUUGGAUAUUCUACAGACCAUUCAUAUUGGUGUAGUCGUUGCAACUUUCCUUUUCAACACUGGACGCAUUAUAAAAGCAGUACAAAUCUUUAACGAAUGUUUGGUGCUCCUUAACCGCAAAGCCCUAGAGACAAUCAAUGAACUUACCACACCACUUGUUAUUUAUGUAUACCAUAAACUUCUUGAUGGCUAUACUCUUAUGUACGAUCACACGAGUGCGAUAGAAUGUGGUAAAAAACUUCACGUGACACUACACAAUAGUGGCCAAAAAGACGAAAAAGGGAUAAUAUUAAUUAAACUAGCGUACAUUUACUACCGAAGAAGAAAAUACGAGGAAGCGAAACAGUUUUACGAGAAGGCACUCAGCAUCAUGAUUGAGACUGGAAACAAUUGGGGAGUUGCAAUAUGUUACGGAAAUCUUGGAGCUGUGUUCCAAUCUGUUGGUCAAUAUACCAAGGCUGAAAGAUACCUUAAUAAAGCACUGGUCAUCAGGAAAGAAAUCGGUGACAAAAAAGGAGAAGCAUCAGAUUACGGAAAUCUAGCAAAUAUGUGCCAAUCUGUUGGUCAGUAUACCAUGGCUGAAGAAUACCUGCAAAAAGCACUAGUGAUCAGGAAAGAAAUCGGUGACAAAAAAGGAGAAGCAUCAGAUUACGGAAAUCUAGCAAAUAUGUGCCAAUUUGUUGGUGAAUAUGCCAAGGCUGAAGAAUACCUUCAAAAAGCACUAGUGAUCAGGAAAGAAAUCGGAGACAAAGAAGGAGAGGCAUCAGAUCACGGAAAUCUAGGAAGUGUGUUUCAAUCUGUUGGUCAAUAUGCCAAGGCUAAAAAAUACCUUCAAAAAGCACUAGUGAUCAGGAAAGAAAUCGGUGACAAAAAAGGAGAAGCAUCAGAUUACGGAAAUCUAGCAAAUAUGUGCCAAUCUGUUGGUCAAUAUGCCAAGGCUGAAGAAUACCUUCAAAAAGCACUAGUGAUCAGGAAAGAAAUCGGAGACAAAGAAGGAGAGGCAUCAGAUCACGGAAAUCUAGGAAGUGUGUUUCAAUCUCUUGGUCAAUAUGCCAAGGCUAAAGAAUACCUUCAAAAAGCACUAGUGAUCAGGAAAGAAAUCGGUGACAAAAAGGGAGAAGCAUAUUCUUACGGAAAUCUAGCAAAUAUGUGCCAAUAUGUUGGUCAAUAUGCCAAGGCUAAAAAAUACCUUCAAAAAGCACUAGUGAUCAGGAGAGAAAUCGGUGACAAACAAGGAGAAGCAUCAGAUUACGGAAAUCUAGCAAAUAUGUGCCAAUCUGUUGGUCAAUAUGCCAAGGCUGAAGAAUACCUUCAAAAAGCACUAGUGAUCAGGAAAGAAAUCGGAGACAAAGAAGGAGAGGCAUCAGAUCACGGAAAUCUAGGAAGUGUGUUUCAAUCUCUUGGUCAAUAUGCCAAGGCUAAAGAAUACCUUCAAAAAGCACUAGUGAUCAGGAAAGAAAUCGGUGACAAAAAGGGAGAAGCAUAUUCUUACGGAAAUCUAGCAAAUAUGUGCCAAUCUGUUGGUCAAUAUACCAUGGCUGAAGAACACUUUCAAAAAGCACUAGUGAUCAGGGAGGAAAUCGGUGACAAAAAAGGAGAAGCAUCAGAUUACGGAAAUCUAGCAAAUAUGUGCCAAUCUGUUGGUCAAUAUGCCAAGGCUGAAGAAUACCUUCAAAAAGCACUAGUGAUCAGGAAAGAAAUCGGAGACAAAGAAGGAGAAGCAUCAGAUUACGGAAAUCUAGGAAUUGUGUUUCAAUCUCUUGGUAAAUAUACCAAGGCUGAAAGAUACCUUCAAAAAGCACUAGUGAUCAAGAAAGAAAUCGGUGACAAACAAGGAGAAGCAUCUGCUUACGGAAAUCUAGGAACGGUGUUUCAAUCUGUUGGUCAAUAUACCAAGGCUGAAGAAUACCUUCUAAAAGCACUACUAAUCAGGAAAGAAAUCGGAGACAAAGAAGGAGAAGCAUCAGAUUACGGAAAUCUAGGAACUGUGUUUCAAUCUGUUGGUCAAUACACCAAGGCUGAAGAAUACCUUAAAAAAGCACUAGUGAUUAGUAACGAAAUCGGAGACAAAAAAGGAAAAGCAGCAGGUUACGCAAUUCUAGGAACUGUCUUCCAAUCUGUUGGUCAAUAUACCAAGGCUGAAGAAUACCUUCAAAAAGCACUAGUAAUGAGUAAAGAAAUCGGUGACAAGAAAGGAGAAGCAUCAGAGUACGGAAAUCUAGGAGUUGUGUUUCAGUGUGUUGGUCAAUAUACCAAGGCUGAAGAAUACCUUCAAAAAGCACUAGUAAUGAGUAAAGAAAUCGGUGACAAGAAAGGAGAAGCAUAUUCUUACGGAAACCUAGGAACUGUGUUCCAAUCUGUUGGUGAAUAUACCAGGGCUGAAGAACACCAUCAAACAGCACUAGUGAUCAGGAAAGAAAUCGGUGACAAAAAAGGAGAAGCAACAGAUUAUGGAAACCUAGGAACUACGUUUCAGUCUGUUGGACAAUAUACCAAGGCUGAAGGAUACCUUCAAAAAGCUCUAGAGAUCAGGAAAGAAAUCGGUGACAAAAAGGGAGAAGCAUCAGAUUACGGAAAUCUAGGAACUGUGUUCCAAUCUGUUGGUCAAUAUACCAAGGCUAAAGAAUAUUAUCAAAAAGCACUAGUAAUCAGGAAAGAAAUCGGUGACAUAGACGGCGAAGCAUUAGAUUACGGAAAUCUAGGAACUCUGUUUCAAUCUGUCGGUGAAUACACCAAGGCUGAAGAAUACCUUCAAAAAGCACUAGUAAUCGUGAAAGAAAUUGGUAACAAACAAGGAGAAGCAUAUUCUUACGGAAAUCUAGGAACUGUGUUCCAAUCUGUUGGUCAAUAUACCAUGGCUGAAGAACACUUUCAAAAAGCACUAGUGAUCAGGGAGGAAAUCGGUGACAAAAAAGGAAAAGCAUCAGAUUACGGAAACCUAGGAACUGUGUUCCGAUCUGUUGGUCAAUAUGCCAAGGCUGAAGAAUACCUUAAAAAAGCACUAGUGAUCAGGAAAGAAUUCGAUGACAAACAAGGAGAAGCAUCAGAUUACGGAAAUCUAGGAGCUGUGUUCCAAUCUGUUGGUCAAUAUACCAAGGCUGAAGAAUACCUUCAAAAAGCUCUAGUGAUCAGGAAAGAAAUCGGUGACAAAGAAGGAGAAGCAUCAGAUUACGGAAAUCUGGGAAAUGUGUUCCAAUCUGUUGGUCAAUAUACCAAGGCUGAAGAAUACCUUCAAAAAGCACUAGUAAUUAGGAAAGAAAUCGGAGACAAAGAAGGAGAAGCAUCAGAUUACGGAAAACUAGGAAUUGUGUUUCAAUCUGUUGGUCAAUAUACCAAGGCUGAAGAAUACCUUCAAAAAGCACUAGUAAUCGUGAAAGAAAUCGGUAACAAACAGGGAGAAGCAUAUUCUUACGGAAAUCUAGGAACUGUUUUCCAAUCUGUUGGUCAAUAUACCAAGGCUGAAGAACACCUUCAUAAAGCACUAGUGAUAAGGAAAGAAAUCGGUGACAAACAAGGAGAAGGAUCAGAUUACGGAAAUCUAGGACCUGUGUUUUUUUCUGUUGGUCAGUAUACCAAGGCUGAAGAAUACCUUCAAAAAGCUCUAGUGAUCAGGAAAGAAAUCGGUGACAGAAAAGGAGAAGCAUCAGCUUACGGAAAUCUAGGAGCUGUGUUCCAAUCUGUUGGUCAAUAUACCAAGGCUGAAGAAUACCUUCAAAAAGCUCUAGUGAUCAGGAAAGAAAUCGGUGACAGAAAAGGAGAAGCAUCAGAUUACGGAAAUCUAGGAAGUGUGUUCCAAUCUGCUGGUCAAUAUACCAAGGCUGAAGAAUACCUUAAAAAAGCACUGACGAUCAAUGAAGAAAUCGGAGUUAAAUGUGGUGUUGGAGCUUUAUACUUAAAACUGGGAAAACUUUGUCCAGAAUUCCAGCUUAAUGCGAAGAGUCAAGAAUUUACCAAAAGAGCACUUGAGAUAAGUUACGAAAUACGGGACAUUGAAUUGCAGUUUCACAGCCACCUUACCAUUGCCCUGAAUACGUUAGUGGCAGCAGGAAGCAUAACUGAAGUUGUGCGAAAUCUCUAUGAAAGCAUUCAAAAGUGCGAAGAAAUGCAUGAUUAUUUCAGAGUGAAAGAUCAAUUCAAAAUUUCUUUUUUUGAUGAGCAUAUCUCCCCUUACCUUCAUCUUUGUGGGUUGUUGACUGCUACAGGCAGUAUCAAUGAAGCUCUUUACGUUGCCGAGCUUGGACGGUCCAGAGCACUUGCAGACAUACUGUCAGAUAAGUACUCUGUGGAAAAAGAGGUAUCAGUGAACCCACAAUCAUGGGUUGGUGUUGAGAAUAUCAUGAGCAAAAAUGCCCUUAGUGCCUGUUUAUACCUAUCCUGUUUCCAUGAUAAUAUGUAUUUUUGGAUCCUUAAGCCAAACAAAACCAUAGUUUUUCGACAAACGGAACUCAAAGAGAGUGCAGCUAAAGUGUUUGAAAAUCAAAGAUUCGCUGGCCCUCAGAAGUUACGUCAAGAACAAUGCGAAGAUCGAUCAUUGUUUUCUUCAUAUUUAAGCUCCCUGCCAUCAUGCAAACCAUCUCAGGAUGACACCUUCGCAACAUUACGCCUUAUAGAAGAAGAGGAACACGAAACGCACGACUCUGAGGCGCUUACCCUUGCUGAUGGCUACAACAUCAUCGUUGCUCCUGUAGCUGACUUACUACAAGAAUCAGAAAUCAUUAUCAUACCGGAUCCAUUGUUGUACUCAAUUCCCUUUGCAGCUUUAAAGGAUGGUAAUGGACAAUAUUUAUCGGAUACUUUCAGGAUUCGUAUUGUACCUUCCUUGACGACUCUAAGGUUGAUUCAGCACAGUCCAGCAGACUACCAUAGUAAAGCCGAUGCAAUAGUCAUAGGAGAGCCAGAGGUCAGUGAUGUAUACUACCAGGGAAAAGUUCUGCAAUUAUGUCCUUUGCCUUGGGCAAGAAUGGAAGGAGAGAUGAUUGGGCGACUGCUCGGCGUUGAGCCAUUAUUGGGAAAAGAUGCUACUAAGCAAGCAGUCUUGGAAAGAAUGCAUUCCGUAAGUCUCAUUCACUUUGCUGCUCAUGGGUGUGAGGAACGUGGAGAAAUUGCUCUUUCCCCUAUAAGCCCGUGCGGAACUCCGCACGAAGUGGACUACUUAUUGACGAUGGCUGAAAUUUCACAAGUUCGACUGACUGCCAAGCUGGUUGUCCUUAGUUGUUGUCAUAGUGCUAGUGGCCAAGCAAGAGCUGAGGGAGUUGUUGGAAUUGCUCGAGCAUUUCUAGCGUCAGGUGCACGGGCCGUGUUGGCGGCACUGUGGGCUGUACAAGACGAAGCUACCAUGCAGUUUAUGAAUCAUUUUUACGAGCACCUUGUUCGUGGUGAAACUGCAAGUGAAUCUCUUCACCAGGCCAUGAAACGGAUGAGAGAGAAUCGUUUCUCUCACGUUGAGCAGUGGGCGCCGUUUAUGCUGAUUGGAGAUGAUGUGACAUUCAGAGGUUAGUAAUUGACACCAUUUUUGGAUAUUGUUAAGUGUUACGUAUUUCCAAUCAAAAGAUGUACAAUUUAUGUUUGUGACAACGCAUUCUGAUGCAAAAUUCUGCAACGGGAGACAUUGUUUUGUUAGUCCCAUUAUCUGCUGUGUUAUUCUUCUCUGUACAGAGAAGAUAGGAGAACGAAUCUCCAAUUCAUUUUAUUUUGUGAGUUUCCCGUGUGAAAAACCUCCAUGGAAUUCUAUGGAUUUCCAUGGAAAAUUUUCCAUGGAAUUCCAUGGAGGAUUAGGACAUCAAUUUCAAUGGAAUUCCAUGGAAAUUUCUCCAUAGAUUUCCAUGGAAAAUAUUUGCAUGGAGGAUUAGGACAUUUCCCAUGGAAUUCCAUGGAAAACAUUAGGACACCAAUUUCCAUGGAAAUUUCUGCAUCGACAUUUUCCAUGGAAUUCCAUGGAAAAGUUCCAUGCAAUUCCAUAGAAACUACUCCAUCGAUUAUUCUAUGGAUCUCAAGGGAGUUUCAUGGAAUUCACAGGAAUUACAAAUUUAAAAUAUCCAGUGAAUCAAAUGGAAAACAUAACAGAUUUCCCGUGUGAAAUACCUUUAUGGAAUUCCAUGGAAUUCCAUGGAAAUCCAUGGAAAUCCACGGAAAUCUAUGGAAAUCCAUGGAAUUCCAUGGAAAUCGAUGGAAAUCCAUGGAAUUCCACGGAACGUCCAUGGAGUAUCCAUGGAGUUCCAUGGAAUGCCAUGGAGUUCCAUGGAGUAUGCAUGGAGUUCCAUGGAGUAUGCAUGGAGUUCCAUGGAAUGCCAUGGAGUUCCAUGGAGUAUCCAUGGAGUUCCAUGGAAUGCCAUGGAGUUCCAUGGAGUUCCAUGAAGUAGUGAUGGAGUUCCAUGGAAUGCCAUGAAAUUCCAUGGAGUUUCCUUGGAGGUCCAUGGAAUUCCAGGGAAUAUUGUAGAGUUCCAUGGAAUGCCAUGGGGGGCCCUGAAGUACCGAUGCAGUUUCAUGGAAUGCCAUAGCGUCUCCAUGGAGUUCGAUAGAAUACCGUGGAGUUUGUAUGAGAAAUCCAUAGAAAUUCAGUAAUCAAGCAACUCAUCAACUCGUUAACCACAUGUUCAAGUCUGCACUUUUUAUUGGAUAGAAAAAUAGGAAACAUUUGGAAGCUUUCUAAAAGCAAAAUAGUGCAUUUAGUUUAAAUUACACAGACAAUGCAAAAGUAUUGUUCACCGAAAGGUGACGCUGAAAGUCCCAGUGUAAGAAGUUUUAUUGCUAACUAUAAAGAGGAAUGUUUUGAGUGCUUAAUAAAAAAACGAUCCUGUUAAAAAAAAAUAAUGAGAAAAUUGUUUUUUAGUAGGGCUGUCUGCCAUUUAUCUUUUAAAAGCAGUGUUACAUUUAAAAUAUGAGAAGAUCACUGUUAUUAACAACAUUCAGUUGCUUCAUUACAUUGACACAGUGCUGCCAUUCGUACAGGACCCGCACACCGACGUGUAUUUGCUAUGAAAUACGGGAUCAAGUCUCUACUUGAAUUUUAUAUGAAAUUUUCAAGUCUCUUGAAAUUUCUGAUCAACAAAUUUCCAUGAAAGAAAAGUCUCUUCAACCACUGUUCCAUUUUUAAGGAAAAAAUUUCAUAGGCAAAUUUUGAAAAGAAGAAAAAUUCGAUGUGGCAAGAUUGAGAACCGAUCCAGGGGCGUAGAAUCCACAGUUCGUAACCUCACCACUCUACCACGGAGUAGUAACUCGCUGCUUUUUACUCAUAUAAAAACAACCGUAACCCUAAUUAGAAGCUAACCGUUUCGAGUCAGUGCUUUAAUAAACCUAAUAUAUCAGUUUCGUCGGAAUCCCGUAUGAAUAGCAAAUACAAGACGAUGUACGGGUCCCGUACUUAAAUAGCCAGUAGAAAAUGAUCCCAGUAGGCACAUAACUCAUCUCGCUAUCGAAGUGUUUUUGGUUGAGAGCUAAGAUUUUCCCUAUAUUACUCGAGUCCAAUCUGAUUGAUGACAUUGCUUUGCAUGGAGUAUUUCGGCGAACCUACACAAGCAAUAUUCGAGCUUUUUUGCCGCAUCCGUGGAUAGGCUAGUCUGCUACACAGCCGUUUUUAGUGGGGAGGAGCGUUGCGUGACGACACUAAGAACGGCUGUGUAUCAGGCUAUGAAUAGGCCUGCUGCCUUUUUUCAAAGGUUCCCUCACCUGGGAGAACAAUGCAAUAUUUUCCUCUCACUGCUUUACUCUUCGACAGUGUCGGAAUAGUACAAUUAACUCUGAAAGGGACCACAAUUUAAAGCCUUUAAAGACAGACAUCUCCACGAUCGUGCCGUCAUUUGACGCCAUGUUUGGUGCAUGAACUGGCGUCCAGGCCUCCCCGCUUAGUGACUAACGCGAUCACGUGGGGCUUUUGAACCAACAGAAAUGUGUAGAAGAUCAGUUUUCUUUGUUCGAAUCUUUAGGUGGACUUCUGUGCAGUACGACAGUGUUGUGUAAACGGAUUGUCUUUGCAAACAAAGUAUCGGAAAAGAUGUUAUUUUCAGCGCAGAAUAUCACUUGUGAGGUUGCUUACAUUUGGCUUUUUUCAAAUCGACUUCGAUUGAACAAUGACUCAGCUGGAUCGCACAUUAAAGGAGGAAGGUAAGCUUAAUAUGUACCCAACUCGUGUUUGGUUGCUCAACUGAAUUCGUCCGCUCGAUUGUCUCCGCUAGAUUUAGAAGGGUGACUUUUCGGGUGCUGUUUAUCGGUUUUAAUAUGUAGUUUUCAUCUUUUUUGUUUAUACAGAUAUGAAUGUGGUCUUUCUUGCAAAUUACCUUUGGAAUCCUUCGGAAUAGUUACUAAUUCUAGCAGAAUUAGAAAUCGAAGACUCUACUUCGAUGGACUGCUUCGAUGUAUAAGAAGAAAUAUCGUCUUUAGAAUUUUCAUGCCUGCUACGUAAAAACUGUACAAGAGACUGAUAAAAUCGAAGACUGUACGUCGAUGGACUGCCUCGAUGUAUAAGAAGAAACAAAGUCUUUAUAAUUUUCAUACUUGCUACGUAAAAACUGUACAAGAGACUGAUAAAUUAUAAUUGUGGCCGACGCUGUUUUUCCCAAGGAUUAGGUAGGACUUUGCUAUAACUAAAUACCAUGGUUCUGAUCGAGGAAAUAAGUAGCACUUCCCUUUUUCGUCGCAUUAAAUAAAGCCAUGUUUAAGUCUUACAUACGGAUGGCUUAUGCAUUCAUUAGUAUUAGCUUAUUUUUUCUCUCAAUUAUGCAUCUGUUCGCCUGUUACUUUUCUUAAACACCAGGCCAAGAUUCCUUGCUUUAUAUUAAAUCUAAAUUUUUCAUUUAAGCUACUUCACUAUGAUUGCUGCAUUCUAAACUGCAAUGUGUAUAGUCACAAGUAAACAUUAAUUUGUUUUAGCUACAAUAUGUCAAAUUUUCCGCCAAAAGCAUGUUAACUUUUGAUUGAUAUCUUUAAAAAGAGAUUUAUGUGGUCCUUUUGUUGAUUAAAUAAAUUGCAGUGGACCAAAAUCUGUUAUGUAUUCCAUUUGAUUCACUGGAUAUUUUAAAUGUGUAAUUCCUGUGAAUUCCAUGAAACUCCCUGGAGAUGCAUGGAAUAAUCGAUGGAGUAGUUUCUAUGGAAUUGCAUGGAACUUUUCCAUGGAAUUCCAUGGAAAAUGUCGAUGCAGAAAUUUCCAUGGAAAUUGGUGUCCUAAUGUUUUCCAUGGAAUUCCAUGGGAAAUGUCCUAAUCCUCCAUGCAAAUAUUUUCCAUGGAAAUCUAUGGAGAAAUUUCCAUGGAAUUCCAUGGAAUUUGAUGUCCUAAUCCUCCAUGGAAUUCCAUGGAGAAUUUUCCAUGGAAUUCCAUGGAGGUUUUUCACACGGGUUUGGUCCGCUGCAAUUUAUUUAAUCAAUAAAAGGACCACAUAAAUCUCUUUUUAAAGAUAUCAAUCAAAAGUUAACAUGCUUUUGACGGAAAAUUUGACAUACUGUAGCUAAAACAAAUUAAUGUUUACUUGUGACUAUACACAUUGCACUUUAGAAUGCAGCAAUAAUAUUGAAGUAGCUUAAAUGAAUAAUUUAGAUUUAAUAUAAAGCAAGGAAUCUUGGCCUGGUAUUUAAGAAAAGUAACAGGCGAACAGAUGCAUAAUUGAGAGAAAAAAAUAAGCUAAUACUAAUGAAUGCAUAAACCGUACGUCAUUAUGUAAGACUUAAGCAUGACUUUAAUUCAUGCGGCGAAAAAGGGAAGUGCUACUUAUUUCCUCGAUCAGAACCAUGGUAUUUAGUUAUAGCAAAGUCCUACCUAAUCCUUGGGAAAAACGGCGUCAGCCACAAUUAUAAUUUAUCAGUCUCUUGUACAGUUUUUACGUAGCAGGCAUGAAAAUUCUAAAUAUGAUAUUUCUUCUUAUACAUCGAAGCAGUCCAUCGAGGUACUAAUUCUGCUAGAAUUAGUAACUAUUCCGAAGGAUUCCAAAGGUAAUUUGCAAGAAAGACCACAUUCAUAUCAGUUUAAACGAAAAAGAUGAAAACUACAUAUUAAAACCGAUGAACAGCACCCGAAAAGUCACCCUUCUAAAUCUAGCAGAGACAAUCGAGCGGACGAAUUCAGUUGAGCAACCAAACACGAGUUGUGUACAUAUUAAGCUUACCUUCCUCCUUUAAUGUGCGAUCCAGCUGAGUCAUUGUUCAAUCGAAGUCGAUUUGAAACAAGUUAAAUGUAAGCAACCUCACAAGUGAUAUUUUGCGCUGAUAAUAACAUCUUUUUCGGAUGCAUUCAUUGCAAAGACAAUCCGACACACACUGUCGUACUGCACAGAAGUCCGCCUAAAGAUUCGAACAAAGAAAACUGAUCUUCUACGCAUUUCUAUUGGUUCAAAAGCCCCACGUGAUCGUGUAAGUCACUAAGCAGGGAGGCCUGGACGCCAGUUCAUGCACCAAACAUGGCGUCAAAUCACGGCACGAUCGUGGAGAUGUCUGUCUUUAAAGGCUUUAAAUUGUGGUCCCUUUCAGAGUUAAUUGUACUAUUCCGACACUGUCGAAGAGUAAAGCAGUGAGAGGAAAAUAUUGCAUUGUUCUCCCAGGUGAGGGAACCUUUGAAAAAAGGCAGCAGGCCUAUUCAUAGCCUGAUACACAGCCGUUCUUAGUGUCGUCACGCAACGCUCCUCCCCACUAAAAACGGCUGUGUAGCAGACUAGCCUAUCCACGGAUGCGGCAAAAAAGCUCUAAUAUUACUUGUGUAGGUUCGCCGAAAUACUCCAUGCAAAGCAAUGUCAUCAAUCAGGUUGGAAUCGAGUAAUAUAGGGAAAUCUUAGCUCUCAACCAAAAACACUUCGAUAGCGAGAUGAGUUAUGUGCCUACUGGCAGGGUUGUCACUAAGAUUUCAAGUUGCCGGGUAAAUACAACAAGAAGGCGGGGAAUCAAACGGCUAGGGAUUUCUUUUGGUUCUAUUUUUCUUCUAUUUUCCAAUAAAAGUAGCCGGGGGCCACUCUCUUAGUAGCCGGGGAAAAUCCCCGGCCCCCGGCUCUUAACGACAACCCUGUACUGGGAUCAUUUUCUACUGGCUAUUUAAGUACGGGACCCGUACAUCGUCUUGUAUUUGCUAUUCAUACGGGAUGCCGACUAAUCUGAUAUAUUAGGGCUAUUAAAGCACUGACUCGAAACGGUUAGCUUCUAAUUAGGGUUACGGUUGUUUUUAUAUGAGUAAAAAGCAGCGAGUUACUACUCCGUGGUAGAGUGGUUAGGUUACGAACUGUGAAUUCUACGCUCCUGGAUCGGUUCUCAGUCUUGCCACAUCGAAUUUUUCGUCUUUUCAAAAUUUGCCACUGAAAUUUUUUUCCUUAAAAAUGGAACAGUGGUUAAAGAGACUUACACUCUCAUGGAAAUUUGUUGAUCAGAAAUUUCAAGAGACUUGAAAAUUUCAUAUAAAUUUCAAGUAGAGACUUGAUCCCGUAUUUCAUAGCAAAUACACGUCGGUGUAUGGGUCCUGUAGGAAUAUAUGCACUGUGUCAAUGUAAUGAAGCAACUGCAUGUUGUUAAUAACAGUGAUCUUCUCAUAUUUUAAAUGCAACACUGCUUUUAAAAGAUAAAUGGCAGACAGCCCUUCUAAAAAACGAAUAUUUUCUAUUUUAUUUUUUUUAACAGGAUCAUUUUUUUAUUAAGCACUCAAAACAUUCCUCUUUAUAGUUAGCAAUAAAAUUUCUUACACUGGGACUUUCAGCGUCGCCUUUCGGUGAACAAUACUUUUGCAUUGUCUGUGUAAUUUAAACUAAAUGCACUAUUUUGCUUUGAGAAAGCUUCCAAAUGUUUCCUAUUUUUCUAUCGAAUAAAAAGUGUAGACUUGAACAUGUGGUUAACGAGUUGAUGAGUUGCUUGAUUACUGAAUUUCUAUGGGUUUUCUCAUACAAACUGCCUGGUAUUCUAUCGAACUCCAUGGACACUCCAUGGCAUUCCAUGAAACUGCAUCGGUACUGCAGGGAACCCCAUGGCAUUCCAUGGAACUCUACAAUAUUCCCUGGAAUUCCAUGGACCUCAAAGGAAACUCCAUGGAAUUUAAUGGCAUUCCAUGGAACUCCAUCACUACUUCAUGGAACUCCGUGGAACUCCAUGGCAUUCCAUGGAACUCCAUGGAUACUCCAUGGAACUCCAUGGCAUUCCAUGGAAGUUCCGUGAAAUUCCAUGGAUUUCCAUAGAUUUCCAUGGAUUUCCAUGGAAUUCCAUGGAGGUAUUUCACACGGGUAUGUGCUGAAUAUUUCGUAAGGCAUGCCCUGAAUUCUCCAUGACGGAAAAAACUGACUGAAAUAAAAAUGUAGAGAACGUUGGCUGAGAACAAACGUUAGAGUAAAAAUACUUUUCUUGAGGUGAUUAUUUGAUAAAGAAAAACAUUGCAUUCACUUUAAAUUAGGUUCAUCCCCGGCGACCCAGAGCAAGCUGAGAGCGACAUGAUAAUUACGGUAGAAUGUAGAAGCAUAGUGGAAGAUCUGUGAGCAGUUAUUCUGGCCCAAGUAGUUCCAGAAGCAUUUGGUUUCGCAGCCUUUCUUCUCUGACAAAUGUACAAAGGGCAACUUCCUUCUGUUCGCUUUCUUUUAUACUGACAAUUUUGUCAAUAGCCCUGAGAUCUCGACGUUAACUUGACAUCUUUGCGCCAGAGCUGAAUAUUGUAGCGGUAGCAAUGAACUAUCAGCGAUAGCCAGCGAUAGCGACUGUUUUUUUUUAAGCGAUACCCCUGACUUUUUGGCCGUAUCCCCGAGAUUUUGAUAGCGAUAACAAUUCAUAAAUUUGACGCACGUUUUUCGAUAGUCCUAAGAUUUUAGCGAUAGCAGUUCGAUGUUUUAGCGGGAACAAUUGGAAGUUGCUGCCUCUUACUAUAAUUAUAUGUCAUUCGAUUACACGAUUCACUCGAAAGCGACCCUGCAUGAUUGCGUUUUCCAUUUACUCUUUUUUUUGCAGGUGUUUUUGGUCUGAAAGAUGGCGAAGGUGGUGACUGAAACAAGGAACUUGUGAACAUAAAUUAUCGUUCCAUUUAACUUGUAAAAAAAUGUUAAGUAAAUAUUAACUUUUAGAAGUAGCCUUUCCUGAGUUUGCAAAGUGGACAGGUGAAAUUGGUACAUUUUUAUCUAGGUGCCAUUUUAAUUUGUUACAGGCGAGGUUGAAGCAGUAGAUGAGCGCACAGCGCAGCCCAAGGAGCGGGUAGGCAGGAUAAACAGGAGGUAG